AUGCCGGGCGCGAUACGGACGGAUGAUGGUGAUAUAAUGGGAGCGAAGCCAUCCGACGGUCUGCAGGACACACUGGCAAAUGUCGAGGAGAAGAAGGACUCAAGUGUCACAUCUACCGGACUACCGGAAGCCCGUGCAGUCUCGUAG